CAGUAAAAUUGUAAGAGAUAUGGAUGCAGAUUAUGCUGACAAUGGUGACUUUCUCGAAAGCAAUGGAAAAGACCAGCAAUUAGACAAUUAUCAGUUGAAAAAGUCACAAUUUAAAGUAGACCGUAACAAAUCUAUCGAUAAUCAUGCUAAAAACUCCAAAAUACCUAAUAUAAAGUUUGAAGAAAAUAAUUAUGAGUUUAAUGAUGAGCAUAAACACAAAGAUAAUGUUGGUGAUGAUUAUGAUCAUAAUAAUUAUGAAGAACAAUGUUAUGACAGCAAUUGUAAUAAUGUUUGUAAAUCCGAGUUUAUUCAAAAUAAUGAUUCAUCUGGCAAUGAUAACUGUGAUUACGAUAAAAAUGUUUGUAAGAUCCAUCAGAUUAAGAAUAGUUCUAGAACAACUCCAUGUAUUAGUAAUACUUUUGCUGAUGAUGGUCAGAAUUCUGUUACUCAAAAUGAUUCCAAAACAAUUUCUGAAAUGAAAAUUCGGAAUGACAUUAUACGGAUUGAUGACAACUAUAAAAAUCUUUGCAGCAAACAUUAUAAAUAUCUUCACGACGCUGUAAUUGAUACUUCUGAAACAAAUGAUCUUCAAUGUCGCAAUCUUAACAGUAACGAUGUCAUUGAUUCAAAUUUGAAUCCAAGUAUUGGGACUCAAAAUAAUCAAAUUAAACAUUCCUGUGGUAAAGCAAAUCAUGAUUUAAUUAUACAGGAAAAUGUCACUGGAACUAACGAUAUCGAUAGCCAUUGCAAUCAACAUAAUGAGCAUAUUCAUAGUUCUAAUAUUUCCGAAUACUACAGCAGGGAUCAACAGUAUCAGAAUUAUGAAAAUAACUUUGUAGAUCAAACAUGUAUGAAGCACAAUACUAUGACGAGCAGAGAUACUAAAAAAAUGUCAGACAAUACAUCUCAUAAUUUAAGGGCACCGUUAAAUGCUACUACAAUCCCUAAUGAUAAUUACCGACACUGUGAAACGCAUCGUCAACAUAAAAAUGAGAAUACUAUUGUUAUUCAAAAACCUUACAAUAAAUUCACAUAUCAGAAUAAUAAUAAUCAUCCUGAAAAUAUAAAUAAUUUAAAUCAACAAAACAAUAAACCUAAUCUAUUUAAUCGCAACGAGAUGUAUGAUAACCAGACAGCUAACUCAGAUGUGAAAGAUAAUUUUAAUUGCAAUUCAAACAUUGAUGAAAGCAAAUAUUUUGAGGAAAUUGAUCAUUUAAAUGAAUAUAAAAAUCGACAACAAUGUUCACAAAGGAGUCCCCAAGUUCAGUCAGAAUUAUCUCAGCAAGGAAAGCAGAGCUUACAAGCAAAUUGUAGUCACAAUGAUAACGUAAGAAAAUCAAGGCUUACAGUUCCUAAAAUUGAUUGUAACCACAUGGAAAAAUAUGCUGGAAAUAAUACUUCUCAACAGGAACAUCUGAAUCAGUAUAUAGGAUAUAGUCACAAUCAUAAUGUCAGAAAAUCUAGACUGACAGUUCCUAAAAUUGAUUGUAACCACAUGAAGAACUAUUCUGGAAAUAAUACUUCUCAACAGGAACAUAUGAAUCAGUAUAUAGCAUAUAGUCACACUGAUAAUGUCAGAAAAUCAAGACUGACAGUUUCUAAAAUUGAUUGCAAUCAGAUGGAAAACUAUGCUGGAAAUAAUACUUCUCAACAGGAAAGCCUGAAUCGGUGUAUAGGAUAUGGUUGCAAUGAUAAUGUAAGAAAAUCAAGGCUUACAGUUCCUAAAAAAGAUUGUAACCAAAUGGAAAACUAUGCUGGAAAUAAUACUUCUCAACAAGAAAACGUGAAUCAAUGUAUAGGUUAUGAUCGCAAUGCUAGUGUAAGAAAUUCAAGGCUUACAGCUCCAAAAAUUGAUUGCGAACACAAAGAAUACUACGCUGGAAAUAAUACUUCUCAACAGGAAAACCUGAAUCAGUCUAUAGGAUUUGGUCGCAAUGAUAAUGUAAGAAAGUCAAGACUGACAGUCACUAAAAUUGAUUAUAACCACAUGGAAACCUAUGCUGAAAAUAAUACUUCGCAACAGGAAAACAUGAAUCAGUGUAUAGGAUAUGGUUACAGUAAUAAUGUAAGGAAAACAAAACUUACAACUUCAAAGAAUGAAUAUAAACAGAAUAUAACCAGCUUAACUGGAAGUAAUAUCUCUCAACAGGGAAACCAUAACAUGCCAACAAGAUAUGUUUGUGAUGAUAAUGUUAGGAAAUCAAGACUUACAGUUCCCAGUAAUAAUAAUAAUCGAACGGAAAACUAUUAUACAUAUGAAGAGGGAAAUCGUAAUACACAAAUAAAAUGUGGUCACAACGAUAAUGUAAGGAAAACAAGGCUUACAGUUCCCAAUAACGAAUACAAUCGAAUGGAAAAGUAUGAUAGAUCUCAACAGGGCAACCUAAGAAGAUUAACUACACAUGGCUAUAACAAUAAUGUAAGUGAAACUAAACUUACAUCUACAAAUUAUAACAAUAAUCAAUCGGAAAAUGCUACCAUAAGCAAUACAUUUGAAGAAAUUCCAGAUGAAGUAGUAAAGCAGGACGCUGAAGAUCAAAUUAUAAUCUUUGGUGGUGUGAAUUCUAAUUGCACUUAUUGUGAAGAGGAAUGCAAUCAAGAGUGUUCAUAUCCAAUAUCACAACAUCCAUACAAUUUUUACGAUGGUGAUGAUCAAGUGUUGUAUUACACACAAAAUGCAAAAAAAUGGUCAAAUUUAAGUAGAGUACCUGGUGGAUCUCGUGCUCAUCACGUAGUGGUGACAUGCAAUGGACUUGUUUAUUUAAUUGGUGGUGCAACUAUGACAGAAGGUUGUCCAAAUAAUUUGGUUUUUGAAAAAUCCGUGUGGAGUUAUAAUCCGAAUACUUUCGAGUGGUUUCAAGAAGUAGAUAUACCUGAGUUACGACGCGAUUUUGCUGCAGUGGCAAUUGACAAUAUUGUCAAGAGUGAGCUAAAUUCAAACUGUAGCAAUCUGCCAAUUGGAAUUUUCGUAAUCGGCGGAGAAGAUCCAGACCAAGUCGCACUAAAUACGGUGUGGUUUUAUAAUAUUGAAAGAAAAGUCUGGCAUAAGAUGCCGUCGCUGAGUUUGGGAUGUUAUGGUUUGACUGCUGUUGUGUUCAGAAACGAAAUUUGGACAGCUGGUGGCAUUACUCAAAUAAAAGGGCGUAAUAGACUGAUAGAAAAAUUAUCUGACGCAAUGGAAUGUAUACCACUCACUAAUAUAAAAAACAGGAAAUGGGUUUCAUCACGUACACGUUUACGUAUACCAAGGGUUUUUGGAAGAUUCUGCAAGGUAUCCCCAACUGAAUUGCUUUUGAUUGGUGGUUUAUGUAAUAAUGAAGAAAAUAUAUGUGUUUCUGUUGACUUGAUUGAUUUUUUUAAUCCGAAUACUAAGUUAUGGGAAUAUUUGGGUAACUUGACAAUACCAAGAUACUUUCAUGAUGUAGUUCUUGAUGGUGAUCGGAUAAUUAUAAUUGGUGGAGUUAGUUCGGGUGAACAACGAAAUUUAUCUGAAGUAGAAUCAUAUUACUAUAGAACUAAUGAGGGUGCCAUUGAUAUGCCGGCACUGCCAUGGGGUAUUUCAGCUUGUAGUGCAAUUAAAUGGUCUAAUUAAAAAAAAAGGGAUUUGAAUUAAGUUCAUACUAAUAGCUUUUAUUUUUUUAUUAUUGAAAACGAUUAUUAUACUAUUAGCAUAACAACCCAUAUCUGUAUGGAAUAAAUUUUAUAUUUUAAUAAAUGUUUUG